AUGCUCAAUGCGGCCCUCUCAGCCCUGGCCUUUGCCACUGCCGCCAGUACAGAUUUCACUUCUUCGUCGAGUUCAUCAUGCCAGCACCGCGGGAAGUCGUGCACUGCCCAGCAGCGAGCACAAGCUCUCCUCAGCCAGAUGACCUGGGAAGAAAAAAUUGGCCAGAUGGGUGGUGUUCGGCGUAUCUUGUCGUUGGACUCUACCAUCAACCCGAACUAUGAGACCAUCAAGAAAACGCAGAAUGGACAGAUGGGGUUCGGGCCCAUGUUCAACUGGGCCAAAGACAUCAUGCCUCUGGUGAACUCGCUGCGCCUGGAGCAAGUCAACUCGAGUCGUCUUCACAUACCCUACAUCACCGUGACUGAUUCGAUAAACGGACUUCUCAUCUCAGGCGGCACAGUCUUCCCUAGCAACCUGGCCAUGUCAUCGUCCUUCAACCUCCCAUUGUUCAAGGGCGUAGUUGAAGCUAUUCGCGAAGAGCAGCUCUCCAUCGGCGUCAAAUGGGUCUUGUCACCGCCCCUAGACGUUGCGAGGGAGCCUAGGUAUGGACGCAUUGGGGAACUGUUCGGUGAAGACGGAUAUUUGAUCGGCGAGUUUGGCCGGGUUUAUGUGGAGACGAUGGAAGAGAAGGAUGAGAACGGCUACACCAAGGUGGCUUGCACCAUCAAGCACUUUGUCUACGGUGAUGCUCGCGGUGGCGUCAACACAGCCUGCCAGUACGGGGGUAUCAACCACCUGUUCAACGACCAACUGCGUCCCUACAUCCACGUCCUUGAGACGACCAGCCCCGCCUCCCUCAUGGUGUCGUAUGCCACGGUCGACUUAGUGCCCAUGUCAGCCAACGAGUACAUGUUGCAAGAUAUUCUCCGCGACAAACUGGGAUUCAAGGGGCUCAUCAUGUCGGAUGCAUUCUCCAUACCGAACCUCUACACACAGUCCAAAACAGCCACAUCCUUGGAAGACGCAGCCCUUCAGGCCCUCAAUGCCGGGCUGCAGAUGGAGCUGGCCCCGGGCAAUCCACCGGCCUUCCCAACGUUGAUCUCCAGCAUCAACGACACACGCGUCGCAAAGCUUAUUGACGCUGCAGUGCUCAAGAUGCUCGAGAUCAAGUACGCUUCUGGUGUAUUUGAGCAGCCGCUCGCCAACCUCAACGUCAUGAACAAGACACUGCGAGCGGCAGCGCACUUGGACCUAGCCCGACAGAUGGCGCGCGAAAGCAUUGUCCUGCUGAAGAACGACGGCCUGCUGCCCUACCCGCUGAAAGGCACUGGUAAACUCGCCAUCAUCGGCCCCUUCGGUGACAUCCUCAACCCAGGCUCCUACGCAGCCGUCAACGUGUCCAACGCCCGCUACGGCUCGUCUCUGUACCGCAGCGCCGUAUCCGCCUUUGGAGUGGACAGAGUCACCUUCACCCAGGGGUGUGAUAUCGUCGACACGACCAACGCAACCAACAGCAUCCCGGACGCCGUAACUGCGGCCAAGGAAGCAGGAUUUGCGGUGCUCAUGCUAGGCAGCCUAUCCGAUGCCCCCGAGGACAUGACCAUGGCACCCAAGCGGACGGACGGAGAGUUCUUUGCCCAUGCCGACCUGGGCUUUCCCGGGCUACAGCAAGAGCUGUUGGACGCAAUUCUCGACACCGGGGUUCCCACUGUGCUAAUUCUCACAGGCGGACAGCCCUUUGUGUUGCAACAGUCCACUCUGAGCCGGGUCAACGCCAUCUUCCACAGCUUCCUCGGCGGCGAGUUCACGGGCGACGCCCUGAUUGAGCUGCUGACGGGACGUGUAAAUCCCAGUGCCAAACUCACCAUCAGCAUGCCCCAGCACACCGGAGCCAUCCCGGCCAUGUACGACUACCUGCCCUCUGACGACCAGGGCGGGUGGGCCUCACUGGGCUACCAAUCGGCGUGGCAGUUCCCAAAUCUGACACGCACGGUGCCCAUGCCGUUCGGGUUUGGGCUGAGCUACACCACGUUCGACAUUUCGACGCCCAUAGCCACGGUUCAGGAGAAGAACAAGGCCGUUGUGGUCGCUACAACGGUUCGUAACACUGGGACGCGCAAAGGCAAGGAGGUCGUCCAGGUGUACUUCCGGCCGGCGACGACCAGGGGGCUGGAGUUUCCUGUGAAGCGACUGGUUCGGUUCGAGAAAGUUGAGUUGGCGCCGGGGGAGAGCCGGGAUGUCAACUUUAACAUUCCCUAUAAGGACUUGGGCGUAUGGAUUAAUGCUAAGCCUACCACCUUCAUGGGGCUGUAUAAUAUCUGGGUUGGCUCCAGCUCACGGGAGGAAGAUUUGAGGAUGGUAAACGUUACGUUGGUGUGA